CUUCUUCUCCACUCUCUCUCUCUCUCUCUCUCUCUCUGCUUCUCCUCCACAGUUCCACAGAAGGAUUGUUGUUAAGCUUUGGAUAUGGUUUCUGGCCGGAGGUUAACUUCAGCAAUUGAUAGCUAUGGAGAUUGUCCAGAGAGAGUCUGCACCAGCAGCUGUCUUCAAUGGUGCAUCAACAUCCUUCCUCCGCCGUCGCCGGAUGAAAUUUCCGGCGACGAUUCCGGCCCCAAUUUCUCCCCUCUCAUCAUCACCAUCAUCGUCAUUCUCGCAACUACUCUCCUCGUAGUCACCUUCUACACCGUCUUCACGAAGUACUGCCGGAGAAGAUUGAGAACCGCGAGCAGCGCCGACGUGGAAGCGAAUCGCGGCGACGCGCCGCCGCGAGAUCAGCGGCGCGUGGCUUCUUCGGCGGUGGCGGUUAAGAAUUUUAAGGUUUUUAAGUACAGGAAAGGCGUCGGAGAUGUGGAAGGCAGUGAGUGUUCUGUUUGCUUGGGAGAGUUUCUGGAAGGUGAGAGCCUUAGGUUGUUGAAUAAUUGUAGCCAUGCUUUUCACCUCCAUUGCAUCGACACGUGGCUGAAAUCUAAGCCUAGUUGCCCUAUUUGUCGUGCAAAUGUAUCGCUUGAUCCGCCGCCGCCGCCGCCUGCGGCGCGUCCUCCAGCUCCCACCGCUCGGAACAACACAGAUUGAAGCAAACUAGUUCUGAAGUUCAGAGACAAAAUGACUAUUGUGAAGAGAUCAUAGUAGCAAAGAGAUCACCUUUGAUGAUUGUGAUGAAUUGCAGCUAGCAGAAGAGAAACAAGAAUUUUCACAGGUCUGAGCAUGGUGGUAAAAAAAAGGCAAGAACUUUGCAAUUGAAGUUCCAUGUUUGUGUUUAAUUUGCUAACUGUAAUCCAAAAAUAUUCCACUUUUUUGUAACAAUCUUGAUCUGAAAGUUCAGUUUGGGGGAAAAUUGUUUAAUUGCCCACUGACUCAGCAGCUCAUUAGAUAAGAGAAACAGGCCUGGUGCUCACAUUAAGUCUAAUUUCCACGUUGUUGUUGCAGGACUCGAUCUUGUGUCCUGCCUACAAUCUAUUACCGGGAACCAACUGAGCAACAUAGUUCAAUUUGGGGAAAAAAUUGUUAAUUGCCCGACAAGAUAGUUAAGGGUUGACUUAGCGGCCCAUUAGAUAGGAGAAAUGGGACCUGGUGCCCACAUUAAAUCUAAUUUCCAAGUUGUGGCCGCAGGACUCGAUCCCGUGUCUUGUCCAUGAUCUAUUACCCGGAACCAACUGAGCAACACAGUUCAGUUUGGGGAAAAAAUUGUUUAAUUAAGCAUAUGAAAA